UGCUCCUUUCUCUCUUUUUAUUCCAUCUUAUAAUUUGCACAAAUCAUCAAUCAUCCACACUCUCAUUACCUUCUUUACACUCUCAUCCAGACCCGCGGUUGAGCGUCCAGCGAUCCAAAGCCAACUGCAAAGUCUGUCUACCAGCGCCAGGCAAAAUCGCUAUGGACAGCGACGACGAGCUGCCGAAUAUUGACCUUAACCCGUCAGGGUCUGACACCAUCCCCUCUGGAGGUGGCGAAGGUUCCUCAUCCAAUGGAGGUGGUGAGCCUUUACCAGGCGACCAUGGUCAGGUUCCAAGUGGUUAUGACCAACCGCCAGUAGAUGAAGAUUUGCCAAAUGCUACUUCAGCCAAUAGUGAGCCUGUGUCAAUCGAUUCGAACAAUUCGCAAGGCGAAGGAGCGGGGGUUUCAGAUAUUGAGGGCGAUGGGGAUGAUGAAGAUGAUGAGAGCGCACUUCCCUCUUAUUUUCAAGGUGAAAAUGCCCCAUCCAUCAAACCAGAUACGAGCACCCGCUAACCUCUACAAAGCGCCGAGACUUCCAAGGUCGUUUCAGGACAAGAUGAACUCUUAUGGCAACAUUAUCGAGGACUCUGAUGAAGACAUGGUAGUCAGAUUUACUGGACCACGUUCCGGUAGGUUUCUACCUCUCUGGCAUCAUGUUCACGAGAAGUCAUACAGCAG